UCCUUCGACUUCAAAACCCUUGAAAACCCCCUUCAUAUCUUCCUAGACUCAGAAAGUGCUACAAGGAGAAGGUAUGGUGGAGGCUUCACCCACCGGUUGUAGUUCGACGGAACUUUCGCCUGAGGAAGAACUGCAGAUGAUAACUGCCAUUUCAAUGGCAACCGAACCUCAAACCAAAGUAGGCGAUACAUUUUGUUUAAUUAGUCGAAGAUGGUGGCAAAAUUGGCUUGAUUUUGUUACCCAUAACAAGACAGUUAGUGCAAAUGAGGGUUCAUCUUCAGAGCAUCAAGAUUUAGGCAGUUCUAGUACUCCCAAGAGGCCAUCAAGCAUCGACAAUUCUGAUUUGAUCUAUGAAGCAGCAUCUGAGAAUCCAACCAUGGGUAUUGAGCUCCAUGAUACACUAGUAGAACACACUGAUUACAUAUUGGUCCCAGAAGUAACUUGGAAUCAAUUAUGUGCAUGGUAUGGAGGAGGGCCUAAAUUGGCACGAAAGGUGAUAAGUUCUGGUCAAUCGCAAACAGAAUUAUCUGUAGAAGUAUAUCCUCUACGCCUUCGACUACAUCUGAUGCCAAAAGGUGACCAGUGUGCCAUAAGAAUAAGCAAGAAGGAAACAAUCCGGGACCUACACAAAAAGGCUUGCGAGAUAUUUGUACUUAAUUUGGAGCAAGUAAGCAUUUGGGACUACUACAGCCAUAGGAAACAUGCUUUGAUGAAUGACCUGGAUAAAUCGCUUGAUGACGCCAACAUACAGAUGGAUCAGGAUAUCUUGGUGGAAGUCAUUGAUAAUGGUGGUGGUUGUACAAGUGAUGCCCAGGAGAAUGGGUUUGCUAAGAACGAGUCAUCGGUACUUGUAGAACCUUCUAAGACGAAUUAUUCGAUUGCAGGAGGAUUCUCUGCAAGCAAGGGUAUACCGAAGAACUGCAAUUCAGAGUUGUCACAAUUUCAAAACUUGUCUUCUGCAAUUAGAGAAUCGGAAGAUAAGACACCCGUGUCUGUUGGGGUUAGUACAAGGGGAUCUUCUGGUGGUCUAACUGGAUUGCUAAAUUUUGGGAACACUUGCUUUAUGAACAGUGCUAUACAGUGCCUCGUUCAUACACCUGAAUUUGCUAGAUAUUUCAGAGAGGAUUAUCAUCAAGAGAUCAACUGGCAUAACCCUCUAGGGAUGGUGGGUGAGCUAGCUCUAGCUUUUGGUGAGGUACUUAGGAAGCUGUGGGCACCAGGUCGGACGCCAUUUGCUCCUCGGCAAUUUAAAGCAAAGCUUGCUCGCUUUGCACCACAAUUUAGUGGAUACAAUCAGCAUGAUUCUCAGGAGCUUCUGGCAUUUUUGCUUGAUGGACUUCAUGAAGAUCUGAACCGUGUCAAACACAAACCUUACAUCAAGUCCAGAGAUGCUGAUGGCCGACCUGAUGAAGAAGUUGCUGAUGAGUACUGGGCAAAUCACAUUGCUCGUAAUGAUUCAAUAAUUGUGGAUGUCUGCCAAGGCCAGUAUAAAUCAACUUUGGUCUGUCCAGUAUGUGAGAAGGUGUCUGUUACAUUUGAUCCAUUCAUGUAUCUCUCCUUGCCACUUCAAUCAACUACUACUCGCACAAUGACAGUGACAGUUUUUAGUUGUGAUGGAAGUGCCCUGCCUGCUACUUGCACGGUAAUUGUACCAAAACAGGGACGUUGCAAGGACUUGAUUCAAGCACUUAGCAAUGCUUGUGCAUUAAAGCACAAUGAAAAAGUUUUUCUAGUGGAGAUACGGAACCACUUGAUUCACCGGUUUCUGGAAGAUCCUCUCAUGUCAUUAUUUUCCAUAAAAGAUGAUGACCACCUUAGUGCUUACAAGAUCCCAAAGUCUAUGAAAAACACUAAAUUUCUCCAGUUGAUACACCGCCGGGAAGAGCUGGAAACUGGUAAUGCUCGGGGCACAACAGGAUGGAAGGCUUAUGGAACCCCCCUUGUUUUUCCAGUUUCUUGUGAUGCAACUAUUACAAGAGGUGAUAUACAGUUGAUAGUUCACACAAUGCUCUCCCCCAUGCUAAGAGCCGAGCCAGUACAUUCUGAUAUCUCGGAUGCUGACCCAUCUUCAGUAGCAUCAGACCUAACUUCUGUCAAGAAGGCAAGUAUCAUUGAUGGAAAGGAGAAUGAUGAUUCAAAAACACCAUCACUGAAACUUCCACUAAAGUUGGUUGAUGGAAACAAUGCAUGUAUUGAUCUUUCGGUUGGAGAAGAGAGAACUGUAAGGUUGCCCUCAACUUCCAUGUCAGUACUGCUUUUCAUUGAUUGGUCGCCAAAGCUUUUGAAAAGAUAUGACACACAUUACCUAGAAAAGUUGCCAGAAGUUUUCAAAUAUGGACCUGCUAAGAAAACUCGGACGGAACCUUUGUCUUUGUACACAUGCUUAGAAGCCUUCUUACGUGAGGAGCCAUUGGUACCUGAAGACAUGUGGUACUGCCCGCAAUGCAAAGAGCGAAGGCAAGCGAGUAAGAAGUUAGAUCUUUGGAGGCUACCUGAAGUGCUUGUGAUCCAUUUAAAAAGGUUCUCGUAUAGCAGAUCAAUGAAACAUAAGCUAGAAACAUUUGUCAAUUUCCCUAUUCAUGAUUUCGACUUGACAAAUUAUAUUGCUAACAAAAACAACUCCGGUCGUCAAGUAUAUGAACUUUAUGCCUUAACCAAUCACUUUGGCAGCAUGGGAAGUGGGCACUAUACCGCACAUAUUAAGCUUAUUGAUGAAAACCGAUGGUACAACUUUGACGACAGCCACAUAUCACCUGUGAACGAAGAUGAUGUGAAGUCAAAUGCUGCUUAUGUGCUAUUUUACAGGAGGGUGAAAGCAGAGGAAAAUGGACCUGGAUGUUGUGCAGGUGGUAACUCAUCUUUGCACAAGUGACCACCUCAAACACAUUCAUAUACAUUGUUUGCUAACAAUAAGACAUAUGUGCACAAAAUACUCGGCGUUUCUGGGGUCCCUAAUGAAAUUAAAAAAAAUGUCUUAUUAACUUUUGGUCUCUUUGUCCUGUUGCUUAAUUCCUCCCUCAUAAAGUAGAGUAUUCAUUAGACUUGUUUCUUCCAAUCCUCAUAAAGCCAAAUGGAAUUUUGGUGCAUUUCCCUUGGGUGGCAAUUAUUGAAAAUGUUACCAAUAAGCCCUCCACAAAGUAUAUUUUAUAGGAUAGGAGUAGAGGGGGUUGUCUAUGUCUAUUAUUGUAUCUAUAUGUGUGACAUGUUUUCUGUUUGCUA